GGGCUGAAGACGCCAGAUUCCAGCGGGGAGGAGCCAGGGCCAGCGCGGUGCUGCGCUCGGGCGCUGGGCUCGCUGGCGGCGCUGGGCAGGCGGCGGCGUGCGGGUGCGGGAGAGAAAUAAAUGAGGAGUCACAGCGAGGGCACAUCUCCAGCCAAGGGGAAGGAGCAGGCCUCUCUGGAGGGAGCUGACGUUGGGGGUUACUGGAGCAGAGAGCAGGGGGAGUGUCGCGGGUCUAGCUUCCACCCGGGCCAGAGCUAACAUCUGGGCACAGCUGUUUGCCGGGGCCCUUUUCUGCUGCUGCACAGCGGCUUGUUUUGCAGCAAUGGAACCGAAUGGCACUUUCCUCGCUUGUAACAGCUUAAAAGAUGACAAAGAUCUGAAGUUCCUCCUGAAAGGCAGCCAGCUGCUGAAAGUGAAGUCCAGCUCUUGGAGAAAGGAGAGGUUUUAUAAGCUUCAGGAGGACUGCAAAACCAUAUGGCAGGAAUCAAAGAAGGUGCUGAGGUCUCCAGAGUCACAGAUCUUCUCCAUUGAAGAUAUUCGGGAUGUGAGGUCAGGCCAUAAAACAGAAGGUAUGGAAAAAUACGCCAAGGAUGUCCCGGAGUAUCGCUGCUUUUCCAUCGUUUUCAAAGACCAGCGGAAAAACCUGGACCUCAUUGCGAGUUCAGAGGACGAUGCCAACCACUGGAUCUCCGGCCUUGCGAAAAUCAUAGCCCACAGCAACUCCAUGAACCAGAAGCAGAAGCUCCAACACUGGAUUCACACCUGCCUGAGGAAAGCUGAUAAAAACAAAGACAACAAGAUGAGCUUGAAAGAGCUCAAGGACUUCCUGAAAGAAGUGAACAUUGAAGUAGAUGACUAUCAUGCCAAGAAGAUUUUCCAGCACUGUGACAAGUCCAAGACAGAGGCUUUGGAGGAUGAUGAGAUAGAGGAAUUUUACAAGAUACUGACAGAGAGGAAGGAAAUAGACAAGAUCUUCCAAAAGUACUCAGAUGCGGAAGGGUUCAUGUCCUGCCAAAAUCUGGUGAGGUUCCUCUAUGAGACACAGCAAGAAGAGGAUGCUGUUGUUGCUGCCCCUGCCUUAAUCCAGAGAUAUGAGCCCAAUGAAAGAGCCAAGAGGGGCAAUGCUAUGACCAAAGAUGGCUUCCUGAUGUACCUGCUGUCUGAUGAUGGGAAUAUAUUCAACUCUGCCCACCGCAAGGUUUACCAGGACAUGACUCAACCUCUCAGUCACUACUUGGUGUCAUCCUCACACAAUACCUAUCUUAUGGAAGACCAGCUCACAGGUCCAAGCAGCACAGAAGCCUAUAUCAGAGCCCUCACCAAAGGCUGCCGCUGUGUGGAACUGGAUUGCUGGGAUGGCCCUAACUCGGAGCCUGUCAUUUAUCAUGGCUACACUCUCACCUCCAAGAUCCUCUUCAGUGAUGUCAUUAAGGCCAUCAAGAACUAUGCAUUCAAAACCUCACCAUACCCUGUCAUUAUCUCCCUGGAGAACCACUGCAGCGUGGACCAGCAGAAGGUCAUGGCUCAUCACAUGACAACAAUCCUUCAGGACAUGCUCUUGGUUGCCCCACUUGAUGGAAACAAAUCCCACUUCCCCUCCCCAGAGCAAUUGAAAGGGAAGAUCCUGGUGAAAGGCAAGAAGCUUAGCAGGGAGGAGGACCCCACUGGAACAAAUGGGAACAACAACCUGGAGGCUGAGGAUGUCUCGGAUGAAGAUGAAGCAGCUGAAAUGGAAGAUGAAUCUGUAAAGACUGAGAUAGAGCAGAAGGGGAAGAGUGACACCUUGAAGCUGGCCAAGGAAUUGUCAGACACAGUUGUCUACUGCAAGAGUGUCCAUUUCAAUGGCUUUGAGGACCCCAGCCACCCUCGGCCCUUCCAUGAGAUGUCAUCAUUCACAGAGAGCAAAGCUCUGAAGCUGGCCCAGGAGUCUGGAACUAGCUUUAUUCAUCACAACAUCAGGCACCUGAGCCGGAUCUACCCUGCGGGCUGGAGGACAGAUUCUUCCAACUACAAUCCUGUUGACCUGUGGAACGUUGGCUGCCAGAUUGUUGCACUAAACUUCCAGACAGCAGGCACAGAGAUGGAUGUGUACCAGGGUCGGUUCCAGGACAAUGGGUUUUCUGGGUAUGUCUUAAAGCCGGAAUUCCUCCGGGAUGAGCAAACCAAAUUCAAUCCAAAAUCCAUCACAGAAGGAACAUGGGGGACAAAGAAGAAGCUUCUGCUUAAAAUCAUCUCUGGUCAGCAGCUGCCCAAGGUGAACAAAAGCAAAAACUCCAUCGUUGAUCCCAAAGUAACGAUAGAGAUCCAUGGUGUCCAGCAGGAUAACAACAAGAAGCAGACCAAAGUCAUUGAAAACAAUGGCUUUAACCCAAAAUGGGAUGAAGAGUUUACAUUUGACAUAGAGAUGCCUGCACUUGCCCUGGUCCGCUUCGUGGUGGAAGACUUCGACAUGUCAACCAAGAACGACUUCAUUGGGCAGUACACUCUUCCCUUCACUAGUCUGAAGCAAGGUUACCGCCACAUCCACCUCCUAACCAAGAACGGAGACCCAUACUCCUCCUCCACCCUCUUUGUGUACGUCAGUAUCCAGGACUAUGAGUAGCAGCUCAGCUCUUUCAGGACACAGUGAACCUCGUUACAGACCUAGAAGGAAUUCAGCCUGCACCAUCUGCCCAUGUCAGGGUCCCCUCAAGUCCCCAGUGCUUCCUCUGGAGCAGCAGAGGGCACUCCACAGGACCCCUGAGGUGAAAGAGCUGUCCUUGACCUUCUCCAUUCUGCUGGAAACACACUACUAAUGCUGCUGUUGAGGUUAAUCCUUUUGUACCUGUUUGACCAAUCCAGCUGUGGUUCUAGUUCACUCUAUGCAGUGUGAUUUUGUUACUUUCCUUUCCAAUUUUGCUUUUAGCAAGGGGCCAGGGACUCCUUUUUUUGUAAACUAAAGUACAGCUCAUGGGUUGGGUUUGGUCAGCCGGCUGCAUGAAACACCCAACAUCUGUGCAAGGAAAGAGGCCACCCCACCACCGAGAUCAGUGGCCAGAUGCCAGGUUAACUUCUUGGGACUUCAGAUGUCAGCCAUAUGGAGUCUUGAAGGGGGACAGAGCUCUCCUCUUUUCUGUUGCAGAUUAAAAAAGC